AUGAGAAUUUAUAAUAAGGAAUUCUUAGCCUCACCUAUAGAUUUUAUUUUGCCAAGUUUUCCUUUAAAAAAAGAUAAAUAAGAAGCUUGUGUUAAUGCUUAUUUGAAAGAUAUUAAUAAGAUUUCGAUUUGUAAUGGGAAAUAUGUAUAUAAAAGUAAUUGGAAUGAAGAAAAGGAAGAUUUUAUUAUUUUUCCAAAAUAAGAAUUAAAAAAAAUUCAAGAAGAAACGUAAUAAUAAGUUAUCUCUAAUUCCGAUCCAUAAUCAGUAGUUUCAUGA